AUCGGCUAUUCAAGCGGUAUGGCAGUAAGGAUGGCAGUAAGAAUUCUGGCCCUCUGAUUGGGGUAGUUUGGAGUAGAUUGAAGUGUAGCUCAUUGCAGCGACUUGCAUGAAAGGGCUAUUCCUCCAGCUGCUUACGCGACGCGACCUCUACCGCAGCGACAGUCCCAAUUACAGGACGACGAAACAUAGCGCGCUGUCGAUCAAAUCAACGACAGGGCCUGCGACCUACAUUGCGACGACCAUUGCCGACCGAGACAACGGAGCGGAACAGACGCGUCAACUAACUUUAUUGGCCAUCACGUACGUAAAUCUACCAACCCAACGACCAGACAACCAUGGACACAAACGUCCCCCGCACCGCACAGGGACGUCCGUACCUGCCUCCCGAAAUUCACCUCAUGAUUUCGGGAUUCCUAGAGGACCAUGGUCGGUGGGACACACUCGCCGUAUUGUCUAGGUCCUCGAAUAGGCUGAGGUCGAUAUACGAGCCACGAUUGUACAGAACCACCAAGCAUGCAAACAACCCGUAUUGGUACCCAUAUGAGCUUUGGAGAAAAGAUCCAGCACGAGACUCAAACAACCUCGUUAAGGCGCUUAUGUGGGGUAUCACCAAUGAGUCGGUGCCUGUGAUGGCUCAAGCCAAAGCGUAUGGAGCUGACAUCAAUGCCCGAGUCAAGGGUUGUCACGGCAAAGAUAGCUACUAUGAUUACUAUCAUGGGUCGUUCCGGCAUGGCUUGGGAACGAUGCUCCAGCAUGCUGUUCAGAACGGCCGUGACCGCUCUGUAGUAUACCUAAUUAAAGAGGGCGCGGUGAUCAACACGCCCGGCGAAGCUGCCGUCGACAUGUGCAACUGUACAGCUCGUGCUAGCUACAGAGAGCCGAAGCACAAAUGCUCGACAUUACAUCUGGCCUUAUGCAGAGGUCAUCUUCCAUCCGCAAAGCUCAUCAUGGACUACCUCGGGCCAGCAGCUUUGGAAGAGUCUAAAAUGUUCGACAGGUGCCUAAUCCUCCAAACCGCAAUGCAUACGGCCAUUGCCAAGAAGGAGAUCGAGUUCCUGACCGCCAUGCUGGAAUACCCAAGCGAUCGCGACCUUGUCAACGUGGUCAGCCCUCACAAUCGUCAAACCGUUCUUGAGGAAGCCCUGCUGCGAGCGGCAAGGAGUCCUAGUUUCUUGCGCACAAUCAUUCCGACGCUUGUCCACCAGGGAGGGGCCAGCCUCGGCCCGUACCCUGCUGGGUCCCGCCACGCAGGAAAGUCACCCCUCCUUCACGUAAUCCGUCUUGGAGGCUAUGUAACGGCCCAACAUCUUCUCCGUCUGGGCUGCAACCCGGACGGGAAGCCUCCCAUCCCUGUGGAUCAGAAUUGGUUGACCCCGCUGCACCGUCUCAUACCCAACAAAGAGGCUUACAGAGGAGAAACCCCUGAAUGGAUGGAUGGAGGGGUCGGUUAUCGCCGAGGUGAUCAGCGCCGCAGGAAGAGGGUAAAUGAAACUAUCGAGGCACUCGUCCGCUCCGGAGCCUCAUUGAUGAUCAAAGCCACCCAGUUCAACUCCACGCCCCUAGAGAACGCCAUAUCACACGGCGCUCCAUUUCUCUCCCUCCCGCGCCGAGUUGCCGCCUACAAGCUGUUGAAGCUCUUGCUGAAGCACGUCAAGGAGGGUAAGAUUACCGAAGCCGCCCGGGAAGAGGCGGAAAAAUGCAUGGAACAGAUUAAGGAGGAUCUCAGGGCUGAGCAUGCCUUGUAUGAUCUGUCGGAUGAGCGGGUAAGAGUUGGGCCGGGACCGAGACGGGGUGAUGAUGAUGAAGAUGACGGAAGAGCCCAACCUAUUCGUCUGGGGUGGAAAUCUUGGUCUCGUGGAGCGAAUGGAGGACGGUUGGUGAGGAGCCGUGACUGAGGGAUGUCAUCUCUGAUCUCGGUUGGAACGGCUGUCGAGUGCCAGGAUCGAAUAGACAACUAGCCUCACAGGCUCUCCUCCCUGCCUUCUUUGCACCAUGCACGAUGGAUAUCAGUGGGCAGUAGGCUCUUCGAGACAUGCAAACAUCGACGACAUGGUUGGCCAACAUCAUGAGUCGGAAUACAAGCCGAACGCUAUAGGCACAGCGUACAGGUACCGGUAGCCGGUGAGCUACCCCGUGUGUUGUAAUAGGCUGUCACUACAGGGGAAGAGAUCUCGGCCAGCAAAUAGCGGCCACGAAUCGACCAAGCGAUGUAGCCAGGAGUCUCUGGUGCCUAAAAUCACCCAGUCACUUUCUUUGUCAUCGGAUUCCGUCUUUU